AUGGACACGAUUGUAUCUUCGUCAAAUCAACCAGCUUUGUUUAGUAAAAGUAUUAAUCUAAGAAUUGUAUCACAUAUAAAAUCAGAUGACAAGUCUCGAAAUGUUUAUGUUACUGUUGAAUUCCAGACUGGAAGUUCAAUGCAAACGGAAUUUAUUCUUAAAUUGACCGAUGAAGAUGAUCCAUUCUUUCUUUAUGAACUUCAUUUAAAUGUCGACGAUUUUAAAAAUUUAAAACGAGACCAAGGCGUAUUAGUUGAUUUUAAUGCAUUUCCUCAACAUGUUAUUGAUUAUUUAAAAUUAUGUAUACGUGAUCAACAUAAUGAGACAACGCCGUCAAAUGGUUCUCGUUUUCAAUUACAACUUGUAAAUGAUGAACAACAAUUUACAAAUCAAACACAUUUACGUGUUGUUGAAAUAAGUUCAUUUAAGCAUUUGACACAUUUAUCUCUAUUAGUAACAUCAGCAAAUGAUCAUGAAAUUAAAAAUUAUCUUGCCAGACGUUUACAAUCGAAAACAACGGACUACAAUCAAUUAAGUAAUGAUUUUGAAAAAUUAAAACGAGAACUUGAAUCGACACAAUUGGACUUGAAAGAAAAAACAACCAAUUUUCAAAAAUUGAAACUCGAAUGGGAUUCUAAUAAUAAUCAAAUUGUCGGAAAACAUAUGCAAGAAUUAGCUGAAGAAAAAGAAAAAGCUUUACAAGAACGAACCAGUUUACAAGAAAAAAUGGAGAAUGAUCGUCGUGAACUUGAACAGACACAAUCCCGCAAUGUUCGUGAUAUGCAAAAGCGUUUAUCUGAACUUGAAGAAACGACAAAAGAAUUAACUAGUUUAAAAUAUCGUAAUGAAAUAACAGUCAAUGAACUUAGUUCAAAGCUACAAACAUUAACUGAAGAAUAUCAACAAUCCAAAGAUGAAAUAGUUAAAUAUAGAAAAACAAAUACAACACUUGAGAAUGAUAUUCAUCAAUAUGAAAAAACUGUUAAUCAUUUAAGAACAAAAAUUGCACUCGUCGAACAAGAAGUUAAAAGCAAACAAGAAGUUAUUCAGCAAACAAACGAUCGCAUUGCUAGCGAACAAGAAUCAAAAAAAAAAUAUGAAGAAACAGUUCAAUUAAAAAUGGAGAAAAUGUUGGAAUUAAAACGAGAUUUAGCCAAAGGCAAUGAAAUCAUCAUUCGAUUUGGUAAUGAUUUAGAAAAAUGCAAAAGUGAUUUACAAAAAUAUCAACAAGAAUUAGCAAAAAGUCGAGAAAAAAUGAAAACAAAAGAUCAAAUAGCAACAAAACAAGAACGUAUUCUACAAGAAAAAGAACGUGAAUUAGCAAAUUUACAAAAGGAAAAUGCUGAAAUAAACAGUAAAUUAGAAAAGUCGAGUGAUUCAUUUCAAAAGUUAACUGAGCAACAUAAUGAAGCAAAAGACCUCUUGAAAAAGAACGAAGCUCUCAUUAAUUAUCUGAAUCACAAAUUAACUGAAUUACAAAAUAUGCAACCUCAACAACCACGUAUAUUAAAUGGCAAUAUGACACUUGAUUCAUCGUCGUCAACAACAACAAAUCAUUUUCGCCCAACAUCAUUUUUAACGGCUUCGCAAACAAAUGGUGAAUUGCAUUCCAUGCGGCAUGUUGCACAAUUUCCUAGUCUUCAAACACAUUAUGAGCCCAUAAAUAAAUCUCAAGGAACAACAUGGAAUAGUUCAACGUCAGGCCAUCAUCAACAAAUCAUGAGCAGUACUCAAGUACCAGUAUCAACAUUAAAUACGUCGUCAUCAGCCGCUGCUGUUAGACAUUAUUCAGCAAGUAGUGGUGAUUUAAAAGAUAAUGUUGAACAGAAUUCAUUGAAUCCACCAGUGAGCUCAAAGAUUGAUCCUAAAUAUUUUCAAUUCAGCUCAGCAAGUGGAACAGCAACAUCAGCCGGCAUUCAACCACUUCGAUCGUCAAUGUCAGCGGGCAAUGUUCAAAACCCAACACGUGCUAUUGCGGCAUCAGCAACAAAUUCUUCAGUCAUUAAUAAAUCAAUAUCAUCUCAGCAGAAUCGACCUGUUCGUCAACACUCCGUAAAUACAACUCCUCUUGCUUCAGCUUACUCUUCGGAAAAACAAAUGUAA